AUGUCUUUCCUGAGUCCUAAACGGCUCAAGCGCAAAAAGUGGGAAAGUCCUGAGCUGUCAUGUGAGGAGAUCAUUGACACGCCCCGGGUUGGCUUGCUCAAGAAGGCAUGGGGGUCAAGCGGCCCAGCCCAGGAACGAUUCGACGUCCAUAUCCUUCCUGACAUCGAAGAUGUUUUGAGGAAUGUCGAUCCUGGCUAUGCCGACAUAUUCAAGGCGCAAAAGCUCUACCCGAUCAAUCUCGACACUCCAGUCGAAGGUGGCGAUAGCGGCUCGGUUGUGAUUGACACAGUAUCAGGCAGCUUGUAUGGCCACAUCGUCAGAGGUUGCCCGGGAUUUAGGGUCGCCUACAUCAUUGCGGCAACAGAGGUUUUCGACCAUCUUCGCCAGGAGCACGGUGCUGACAUACAUCUUUGUGGCUCCCCCUCGACCAAGUUAUCGGCCGAUCUAACCCAGUUAGCCGUGGAGAGCCGGCGACUCGAGCUGGAAAGAUGGCAGCACUACGCAAAAUUGGCCCAGACCAUUGAUGUCAAACCCAGCUCUUCCAGCACGGCCUCUGAUGAUCUGUGGAGUCCACAGUUUAUGGCGGAGAACGCAGAAGAUGAAAAUUCAUUGAAGAAAUGGCCCGAAACCUCCUCAACCACCAUGUCUGGCUAUAUAGAAGGUAGCUUGAGCCCAUUGCUAGAAAGUAACGAUGGUGAUUCUCUUCAUGCUUGGUCGGCGAAUAGAGCAACAACGUUAUCCUCGGCCGGAUCUCGCUCUACAGCAACCACAUGGUCUACAGCGUCGAGCAGUACGGGAGUUACAGCUGUACAAAUGGAGCUCAUCGCUGAAGAUCGCGACAUUGAGAUGUCAGGACUCUUUCUUGAUAAUCCCAACGAGGGCAACAAAAAGACGCCACUACUCCUCCCCAGAACUUCGACAACGAAGGGAGACGAAAGAGAUGAAAGCAAAGGUCCUCUGGGGGUCAUACGCAAUGAAGCAACGCAAAAUCUGGCUGGCCAAAAAGCGGCCAGUGAUGACCAGGGUGGGUCGUAA